CACGAGGUCAUAAGGCAUAAUUUUUACGUUCUCUCAUUUUACGAAAUCGUAAACGUUCCUUCCAGCUUUAGUAUCAAAACAUCCAGCAUUCUUGAAAAAUGGACGCGACAUUCGAGUGAUCUCGCUGUUGUUUAUUUUAAAUAAUCGACAAAAUGGAAGACGAAAUGAGCGUGCAAGUUGAACAAAGAGCGACGUCGACGACUGAAGAAACUUUACGCGUGAUAAUUUAUGUCUCUUGGUUUCUGGGAGUUGGUGUAGCCCAUCCGAAAAGUUUAUCAAAGUUUGUUACAAUAAUUGUUCGCAUUCUUCACUUUGGAGUCUGCACGGUAAUCGUCGCGUAUGGAGCCAUUGACUUUUUCACAUUUGGUACUGUUUUCAAGAGCGAUAUUUACAAGAUUAUGUAUUAUAUGAACAAAGUCGUGUGCUAUGUUUCAUCCUAUUAUUACGUUUUCCAUGGCAUCAGACAUUAUGGGAAGUGGCCACUGCUAAUGAACAAAAUAGAACAAUUAAAUAAAAAGAUCACACGAGAGGUAUCGAUGAAUGAACGUUCAAUUAGGACAGUUCAGAUCUUGGCCGUCAUAUUAACAUUUCUUCUGGGACCAGUGUCUCUAUUAAUACAUGCUUUCUAUUACUAUUUCACUUUACCAGAAGAGAUAUUCGCUUCCGACCUCCUUCUGUAUUAUACCAUCGCUCAAUCUGCAAUCAACAGUUUCGUUUUCGAUACCAUCGUCUACGUGAUCUGUAAUAGAUUUAGAAAGAUCAAUAGAAUGAUUGAGCUACUAGACAACAAGUUGGUUGCCUCCUUAAUCGCAUUCAAAAUUCGUCGUAUAAGGGAAUUGCACAGUGGUGUUUGCGAAUUGGUGACUCUCGUAAAUGACAUACACGGUGUCCAGCUUCUUCUUUGUUCGGCCAAUUCGUUCACGAUGGUCGUUGCGACGCUUUUCCGAAUUUACAUGGGUGUUGUUGAGCGUAAUUAUACAUUCAUGUUAAUAAAUAACAUCAUUUGGAUAAUCUACGCAGGACAAUUCGCACUGAUGUGCUGGGUGUGUACGCUAACCAACCGAGAAUUCAAGAAGACAGGUGUAUUAAUACACUCUAUCAUUCCAAAUCACGAGAGAACAGAUCGCGAUAAACCGUCGUCCAUUUUGGCGAUUUGCAACGAACACGAUUACUCGUUACAAAUGCAUCAGCAACAGCAGCAUGAAGAUCGCCGACGGAUUUCUCUCGACAUCGGGAGAUUCGGUUUAAAUUACUUCAGCAUGGAAAAUUUGUUACGGUCGAAUAUCGAGCGUGACUACGUCAGAAACGAAAUAAAUGACUUCUCGAAUCAACUUCAACAACAACCAAUCUCUUUUACCGCCUGCGACUUCUUCGAAAUGAACAAUGCUCUCUUGACCGGUUUCAUAGGUGUUAUCACGACUUACUUGAUAAUCCUCGUCCAAUUCUAUCGACCUGAAAAUGUCCAAGUCAAAUAAAUAUCAAUGGUGAGAAUCAAUACAACGAUAAAUAAUGUUCAAUAACAAUUCUAACGUAUUAGAAAU